CAUUGACGAGGUUGUGAGUCAAAAGCAUUGCCGCUAAUACACGGAAAACAGUGGUGAAACCUACAUACACAGACAGCAUUUCGUUUUUAACUGUAACACUGCGUACGCAUAUACAAACGAACGCACACAGUUACACGCCGUAUACAGUGCCAAGCAGCGCGCAUGCGUCGCUGACAUUGCUACAUUAUAUUUUGGGCGCUGUUGGGCGGUUUACAGUUCGUGUGGACAACGGCAAUGUGUGAGUGUUGGUGUUAGCGUCGAUCAUACGAUUUAUUACGUUGCGUUUGCUACGUUAAACGUUCAUSCAUAUGUAGUAUCUAUAUAUGUGCCGAUGCGUGUCUAUGGGAAAGUGAAUCAUAGCUUCAAAAUAUGUGUGGUUAACAAUUUUAAUUAAUUUUAUUUUAUUUGGUUUUGCAAGUAAAACGCAACAAUUUCAAAAAUUUAAGCACCUAUUUAAACGAAAUUCAGUGAGCGUUUUGCUACGGCGUUGAUAUGUGUUCAUUGGCAGCGCGCAAAAGCGGAAAUUGUGACGACUGCAAAGCGGUGCGGCCACGCAGUCAUCAAAUUUGCAGUGACAAAGCGAAAAAUCCCCACGGAAAUUUCCGCUUAAAUGAGAAAAUUUGGCUGACAGUCCUACUACUGGCAGCGUGUUUGCUGCACUGCAGCCUGGCCAUUGAAGAUGAAGAGGAUGGUCCAUAUCGUGGAAAAUAUUUAGGCAAAAUUAAUUCAUAUCAUCAUCAGGUAUCAGGCGAUGUGUAUGCCGUUAAUGAGUACACCUUUCUCAUAAUCGGUUUCAAUUACGAUGGCAAUGGCGCUGAUACAUUCUUUUGGGCUGGCGCAUCCAAUCGUCCCGGUCCACAGGGUUUCAUUGUGCCAGAUGAAUAUGGCAAAACUAACAUACUAGAUCGUUAUCACAACAAGGAUUUCACGCUAUCACUGCCCGAUCGAAAGAAAAUAACCGAAAUCAAAUGGUUAGCCGUCUACGAUCUGAACAAUCAGAAUAACUUCGGAGAUGUUUAUAUACCGGAAGAAUUCGAACCGCCACGUGCACAAGCGGGCGGUACUUUCUCUCGCCGCAGUCACAAUGUCAGCAGCAGUGCUCUCGAGAUGCUCGACUCUAAGACGAUACGCAUUAAAGAUUUCACUUAUGAUGGACUGGGUAAGCGUACGUUCUUUUGGACCGGUGUGGGUGCACAACCGUCUAGUCGUGGCAGCAAGAUACCCGACGAAAUGGGAUACUUGGAUCCGAUACGGAAAUAUGAGAAAGAGACUAUUACGCUAGAGUUACCCGGUGAUAAGACGAUUUUUGACAUCGAUUGGAUAAGCAUAUACGAUUUAUCUGAUAAUGAGAAUUACGGACAUAUUUUAAUAGCCGACAAUCUAAAUGUACCACCAUCGUUAGUGAAAAUAACGCCCUAUGAGUUCUCGCUGCCAAAUUGUCGGCAAUUGCAUAAGAAUUUGCAAGUCUCCUGGGAGGUAUUUGGCCCACAAAUAACAUUACAGCUAUCCGGUCAGGUGGAAAAGAAUGAUUACAUGUCAUUUGGUAUAUCCGGUUCAGAUACGUCAAGUCAAAUGAUUGGCGCCGAUGUGGUUGUCGCGUAUAUCGACGAUAUACGUGGCUACUCCGUAGACUACAAUAUUACAUCUUUGGCGCCGUGCGUGCAAGUGUUGGGUCAAAAUAAGGGUGUUUGUCGCGAUGAUGUUGUCGGCGGUUUGGACAGUUUUCAGCUUAAUACUUAUAGCCGUAAAGACGGUAUAAAUACAAUUACUUUUCGGCGGACUCUGAUAUCAUCGGAUCCGGGCGAUAAAGAAAUACGUCUAGACAAAAGCAAUUAUGUGGUGUGGGCCUUAGGGGAAUUGGAUUCAAAUUCGGAACCCGCAUUUCAUUUUGUAUAUCCCAAAAGUGAUAUACUCAUCGAUUUCAAUACAACUGAGCCUAUAAACGAUUGUUUUAGUUUUACAAAGGCACCCGAGACACCCAUACAGAUAUGGGAACGUGUGCGCUUACAUGAUCCUACCCUGCGCACUUUUAAUGCAUAUCUUGGACCCUCGGGCGGUCUGCGUGGCUACCAAGGUAUUACCGGACACGUGUCUAGCGGUCUGGCUUGGUACAUUAACGGAUAUAUGACGCCUGAACUGUAUUUGAAGCGUGGUCUUACAUACGCCUUCAAGGUACGCGGUGGCAAUAAUCCACAUUCGCCAGAACAUUAUCAUCCAAUGGUUAUAACUGAUGAACCUCAUGGUGGCUUCGAUCGUCUUAGUGAUGCAAAGCAAAGUGAAAUCCGUGUACUUGCUGGUGUUGAAUUCACACGCCGCGGUCGCCCCAAACCCACUGCGGCCGGUCCAUUAUGCCUCUCCAAAUAUCCGCUCAGUUAUGAUCGUCGUUUGGAUGAUUAUUUCCCCAGUUUCAAGAAAUUCAAUCGUUCACUGAUUAGUAUUUGCCCCAAUGAGGAGCCCGCUAUUUUGGAAAUCACGCCGAAUAUUACAUGGCCCGAUACUGUAUAUUAUAAUAGUUUCACACAUGCCAACAUGGGUUGGAAAAUUCAUAUUAUUGACAGUUUUACAAAUAUACGAAAUGGGGCACUACAAAAUGUCGUUACAUUUCCCUGCCAUUUGGGACUGUUAUUAUUGUAUGUGCAAAUUCUCAUUAAAUUAAUACGUGAUCAAUGAUUGAAAUAGAAGAAAAAGGCACACAUAUGCUCCUGCGCUUCAUGUAAAACUCUCCGAAAAGAGCAGUUUUUAAACGAGUGCAACAUAAAAAUUAAAUGUCUUUUCACAUUAAAUAGCUGACUGAUUUCAAUAUAUUUAAUAAUUUCACUCAUUAUGCAAAAAGACAGCAACUCGUACUUGUUAUAAAUGCAUGUUUUAUAUAUGCACAUAAAGAUAUAUGCACCGAUCCGAUAGUCAGAUUAAGUCUGUUAUAAAUACUUCAACAAUUUCGCAGGGUCUUAUUGUAAAAGUCACAAUGUAUUGUAGUUUAGCGCAUUUCUAUGUACAUAAAUAAAUGAACUAUUGAUAUAUAAAAAGAU